UUCAUACUAACCUUUAGACUAUAAACGUUUUUACGAUACUCUCAAACUAUAAACUUGGGUCUUUCAUGUUCGAUGCAUGUUUCAGUAGAUGAUACUUGUUUAAAAAAUCCCAAAAAAUUCAUAUAACAUGUUCAAACGUUCUAAAUUAAGGUUAUCAUACAAUCUUUAUCGAAUAACCUUUAAAACGGGAGGAAAAUAAGGUAAAGACCAAUAAAAUAAAAAAGAUGUUACUUCAAACGUGGAAAUCGGCAGAUAAUAUUGUAAGAAAAGAUAUAAUAAAGCCAGGAACUUUCUCGAGAAAACCGACUGAAUGCGCUUCUUGUGAAGUUGUUAUUGAAAACAUAAACGUUAUCAAUGCGUCUGUAGAGGAUUUGAAAAACAAAUUUAACUCGCAGAUUUUACAUGGUAUAAGUAAAAAAAUGUUAACUAUAGGUGAAGCAAAUUGUGAAAUAGAUCGUCAAAUUGAGCGAGCAAUACAAAUGAUGAUGGUGUUAGAAAAAAGUUUAGUUACAAUAGAUAUAAUGUUAGAAGGCAUUGAUGAUCGUUUAGUUAUUAAGUUCGAAAUAACAUUGAAUAAAAUGCAACCAUAUAAACCAAUUUGGGAAUGGACGCCACAAGACAAGUAUUCGAUAGCUUUAACAUAUAAGGAAGCAGGUGUAUGUUUAUUUCAGAAACAUAGAUACGUGGAUGCAUUUUAUAAAUUUAGUAAAGCCUGUAAAAUUCUAAUAACAUUAGAGCCAAUUCAGGAUUUAGAAUUAGAUAAGACAUUAGAAACUAAAAUUAAUAAUUUAAGACUUAUAUUAUAUAACAAUAUGGCUGGGUGUCAAUUAAGUCGUAAAAAUUAUGAACAUACCAUAUCCUUAUGUAAUAAAAUUCUAAAUAAAGAAGCUAACAACGUUAAAGCAUUAUACAGAAGAGGAGUGGCACGUGGAAAUUUGAAAGACGUAGAAAAUGCUGUUACUGAUCUAAAAUACGCUGUUAGUCUAGAACCACAUAACCAAGCAAUAAAAGAACAACUUACAAUAUAUAAUACAAAAUUACAAGAGGCCAACCAGAAAUUUGAAGAUAUGGUAAAAAAGAUGUUCAAAGCUUAAAAAAUUAUGUUGAUACGUUUACCUGUAAAGGAUUAAAAAAAAUAAACAUUUUUCAUUUUGUAAAUAAAAAAAUAAGUGUUUAUUUUUAUCUACAAUAAUUUACAUAUUACAAGUAAUGUAUUACUUUAAAAUUACAACAUUAAGAAUUUGUUACAAAUAUGUAACUUUGUAAUUCUAUGUAACUAUAUUAUUGUUAAAUUAUUCUUACAUGUUUUGUAUUUCUCUUGUAGCUUAUAUGUACAUUAUGCACAUUAUGUACAUAUGCACAUUAAUAGUAACAGAAAUAUUUUUACAUUAUGUAUAAUUUAUUCAAAAAUACAUGAUGCAUCAAGAGAACAAUUUAUUUCUUGCAUUUAUAAUUAUAUUGCAAAAUUGAUUAAAUAUUGGAACAAGAAUAUAAGACAAUUAGAAUAAUAAACCUCCCCCUAUUAUUUAACAAAAUAUAAAUCGUAUAUUAAUACAUACCUCUAAAAAUAUUAGUUUCAAAUGUAUAUAUUGGCACUUUUAUUAUUUUGUGCUUUUAUUUUGAAAAAAUUUUAUUAAAGAAAACAUUAUGGAAUCUAUAAGUAUUUUGAGAAAAUAAGAUUAGAACCACUUAAAUAUUAUUUUAAAAUGUAGAAGCAAAAUAACAAUAGAUUUUAUAGCUUGCAAGUUACAUUAAAAUAAAUAUUAUUACAUAUACAUAAUAAAUGUAUGAAAGUAUAUUUGUUAAGCGUUCAGAAUGUAUAACAUUUUCUUGUUGAAAUAAAUGUGACCAUUAGUAACUGCACAAAUAGAUAAUUAAUGUUUUAAAACUAUCACCAUAGAAUAUUAGAAUAUAAAACCUUUUCUGCAAUCUUUCCUUCUGAAACUAUGGAUUGCUGCAUUAGAACAUGCAAUGGAGUGUUACAGAAACAAGCCUGAAGUAUAAAACUUUUUGAAUUUUCUAGUCUGUUAUGAUAAAAGCCUUAUUCUUACAAUAAGGAAAGAAAUAAAACUAUUAUUAUAUUUACAAUCCUUCAAAAAUUUGUUAGUACAUAAUUGAUAUUUUGUAAAAUAAUAAUCUAAGGUAAAGUUAUUUAAUGCUAAGUCUAAUAAAAUAUAUACUACAUGGCAUAUAUGUAUUUUCAAUCCAUUGUAAUUAAAUACAUUAUCAAUUUUAUUUAAAAUUUAUUAAAUGUGAAGAACAGUGAAUAGUAUUUACACUUCAGUUUAUUAAAAAAAAUUAAACAAUACAAUAGUAACUGAUGUAGGGUAAAUCUGGCACAGAUAUAAUUUAGGUAUGUUAGUACAUAUACAUAGAAUAAUGCAUAAAUAUACAAAGUGUGUUUUAUUAAAAUUUCGUUUCAAAAAUAUUUUACCACGUUUCCUUGUGACCUUGAAAUGCGUUUAAGUACGUAUAUUCCUCUAACUAAAAAGUUAAACAUGAAUUGAAUAUUAUAAAAAAAAAAUGUAAACGUAUUUGUUUCUAAAGACUUCUUUACACUUUGUUUUUUAUGUAUGUAUAUAUAUCCAUA